AUGGUGAGCAUGUGGCUGCUGCCAACAACGGGGAGGAGCGGCUGCGUGAUCAGCCAGAGCUGGGGUCCUACCGGUGGCUGGGAUGCAGUGACCUGUGAUGAUGUGCAUGUGAACUUUACUCAGAAAGAGUGGGCUUUGCUGGGUCCUUCCCAGAAGAAUCUCUACAAAGAUGUAAUGUUGGAGACCUACAGGAACCUCACUGCCAUAGGCUAUAAUUGGGACAACCACAAUAUUGAAGAACAAUACCAAAGUUCUCGAAGACAAGAAAGGCAUGAAAGAAGUCAUACUGGAGAGAAACUCUCUGAAUAUACUCAACGCAGUAAAGAUUUUGCACAUCCCAGUCAUCCUCAAAGGCAUGAAAGAAUUCAUACUGUAGAGAAACCAUACAAAUGUCAUCAAUGUGAUAAAGCCUUUUUAGAACAUAGUAGUUUCCAAAUACAUAAAAGAACACAUACUAGAGAGAAACCCUAUGAAUGUAAUCAAUGUGGGAAAGCCUUUGCAUGCCACAUUAAUCUUCGAAUACAUGAAAGAAUUCAUACUGGAGAGAAACGUUACCAAUGUAAUCAAUGUGAUAAAGCCUUUUCACAACACAGUCAUCUCCGAAGACAUAAAAGAACACAUACUGGAGAGAAACCUUAUGAAUGUGAUCAGUGUGGGAAAGGCUUUGCAUGUCCCAGUUAUCUUCAAAGACAUGAAAAAAUUCAUACUGUAGAGAAACUUUACAUAUGUAAUCAAUGUGAUAAAGCCUUUUCACAACAGAGUAGUCUCCGAAUACAUAAAAGAACACAUACUGGAGAGAAACCCUAUGAAUGUAAUCAAUGUGGUAAAGCCUUUGCACAUCCAAGUCAUCUUCAAAGGCAUGAAAAAAUUCAUACGGAAGAGAAAUGUAAUCAAUGUGAUAAAGCCUUUUCACAACACAGCCAUCUCCGAAGUCAUAAAAAAAUACAUACUAGAGAGAAACUCUAUGAAUGUAAUCAAUGUGGGAAAACCUUUGCACGUCACAGUAAUCUUCAAAUACAUGAAAGAAUUCAUACUGGAGAGAAACCAUACGAGUGUAAUGAAUGUAGUAAAGCCUUUUCAUGUCACAGUAGUCUCCGAAUACAUAAGAGAAUACAUACCGGAGAGAAACCCUAUGAAUGUAAUCAAUGUGGGAAAGUCUUUGCAUGUUACAGUCAUCUUCGAAUACAUAAAAGGAUUCAUACCGGAGAGAAGCCUUACCAAUGUAAUCAAUGUGAUAAAGCCUUUUCACAGCACAGUCAUCUCCAAAGGCAUAAAAGAACACAUACGGGAGAGAAACCCUAUGAAUGUGAUCAGUGUGGAAAAGCCUUCUCACAACAGAGUAUUCUCCAAAUACAUAAAAAAACACAUACUGGAGAGAAACUCUAUAAAUGUAAUCAAUGUGGUAAAGCCUUUGCACGGCACAGCAAUCUUCGAAGACAUGAAAGAAUUCAUACUGGAGAGAAACUCUAUGAAUGUCCCAGAGAUCUUCAAAGGCAGGAUGUAGGCUCUGAUCUUUUACAAACCUACUUUAUUUGGGGCUCUUUAAUGCUUAUGCCUCCCUUCCAACCCACCUGCCCUAGAUAGGAGAAAAAACAGGCUAAUGGGGACAGGAGAUGUGUACACCUUUUUAGACUCAGUU